CACACACGAAAAAUUCCCAGGAUGCCUCAGAAUGCAGUUUCUUUUCUUCAUGACGUGUUGUAAGGCACGUCAGCUGCUCCUCGUUGCCGUGAGGAUAACCCACCAUCGGGUCACUGAGACAGACGGUAGCUCUGGCUCGCGCGGCUGAUAGGAUUAGGAGCUGGGGCUUUGUCAGCCCUGAGUCUGCGAGAGACCCCAGCAGACGCAGGUUCCUCUUCCUGGACGGCGGCAGCGGCGGCGCGAGGAGCCGGCGGGCGGCAGCGCGAUGGGACCCCUUCGGGAGACCAAGAAGGAGCAGAGAGUGCAGCAUCAUGAGAAGGAGAUUUCCCGGAGCCGGAUUCCCCGUUUGAUUCUUCGGCCCCAUCUGCCUCGGCAACAGCACCAAGUGUCCCCAGCGUCUGAGUCUCCCUUCUCGGAGGAAGAGAGCAGAGAGUUCAACCCCAGCAGCUCUGGGCGCUCAGCAAGGACCAUUAGCAACAGCUUCUGCUCAGAUGACACAGGCUGUCCUAGUAGUCAGUCAGUAUCUCCUGUGAAAACGCCCUCGGAUGCUGGCAGCAGCCCUGUUGGCUUUUGCCCUGGAAGUGAUGAAGACUUUAUCAGAAAGAAAUGCACAGUUGGAAUGGUUGGUGAGGGAAGCAUCCAGUCAGCUCGACAUAAGAAGGAGCCAAAGUCAGGCCUUGUAAAGCCAGGUAGCGAAGCCGAUUUUAGCUCCUCGAGCAGCACGGGCAGCAUCUCGGCGCCUGAGGUCCACAUGUCUGCUGCGGGAAGCAAGCGGUCCUCUUUCUCACGCAAUCGAGGUCCCCAUGGGCGGAGCAAUGGAGCUCCAUCAUACAAGACUGGCAACAGCCCACCCUCCCCACGGGAGAAGGACCUUCUGUCCAUGCUCUGCAGGAAUCAGCUGAGUCCCGUUAACAUCCAUCCCAGUUAUGCGCCUUCUUCCCCCAGUAGCAGCAACUCCGGCUCCUACAAGGGAAGUGACUGCAGCCCUGUCAUGAGACGAUCUGGAAGGUACAUGUCCUGUGGUGAAAAUCAUGGUGUCAAACCCCCAAAUCCAGAGCAGUACUUGACUCCUCUGCAGCAGAAGGAGGUUACAGUGAGACACCUGAAGACCAGGCUCAAGGAGUCUGAGCGCCGACUGCAUGAGAGGGAGAGUGAGAUCGUGGAGCUGAAGUCCCAGCUGGCGCGAAUGCGGGAGGACUGGAUUGAAGAAGAGUGCCACCGGGUGGAGGCCCAGCUGGCCCUCAAGGAAGCCAGGAAGGAGAUCCAACAGCUCAAACAGGUCAUCGAAACAAUGAGGAGCAGCUUGGCCGAUAAGGACAAAGGCAUUCAGAAAUAUUUUGUGGACAUAAACAUUCAAAACAAGAAGCUGGAGUCUCUACUUCAGAGCAUGGAGAUGGCGCACAGUGGCUCUCUGAGGGAUGAGCUGUGUCUCGACUUUCCGUGUGAUUCCCCGGAGAAGGGCUUAGCCCUCAGCACGGCUCCUGGCCCGACGGCCGAGGCGCUGACCCCGGAGGGGCCGGGGGCCAACAGCGAGCUGCUGGGGGAACACAGCGCAGGCCACGGCACAGAUGUGUUCGAUGAGCUGGUGACAGCCACCACCGUGGAGGCCGGCGACCUGGAGCUGCUUCGUGCCAGCCCUGGGGCAAAGGUCCUCGAGUUGGAGGGUCAGGAAGAGGGCAGCACGGUGGCAGAGCAGGCCGUGCAGACCGACGUGGUGCCCUACAGCCCUGCCGUCUCCGAGGUCAUCCGGCAUGUGCUCAAGCUCCAGGACCCCUGUCCCUCCAGCUCCACGUCCCCUGAGUCCAGGGCCGACUCGAUGGAAAGCUUCCUGGAGUCCAUCUCUGCCAUCGUGGUCGAUUUAACUCCAAGAAAUCCAAACUCCACCAUCCUUUUGUCUCCCGUGGAGACCCCGACCGCCGAGGUGGGUCCAGAGGCACGUGGGAACCGCCUCAUGAGAGAGCUGGAUUUUGCAGUCUCCGCGGAGGAAAGGCUGAACGGCCUGGUCCCGCUGUGCGGCGGGGGCAUCGUGGGGCGGUACUGGAGCAGCAGUUUCCUGGUGGAUCUCCUGGCCGUGGCGGCCCCCGUGGUCCCCACCGUGCUGUGGGCGUUCAGUACUCAGAGGGGUGGAACGGAUCCCAUCUACAACAUCGGGGCCUUGCUGCGGGGCUGCUGCAUGGUGGCCCUGCACUCGCUCCGCCGCACCACCUGUCAUAUCAAACCCUAGACAGAAGAUGUCACUUCUGUGUGCCAGUCUGUCCCGUGUGGCCUGAUGCUAGGUGGAGAAGCAGCGGGUCGACCUGUGGCGGUCUCUGUUCUGUCGUUUUUGCUCCUCGGUAUUUGAUUUGCACUAUAUUUAGUUGAAGCCUGUUCACUGUUUAAAACGGGACGUAUCUUCGAAGGCAUGGAGACCUGGUUCCAGUACAUGUCCCACCAGUGUGGUAUAGAAAGCAUGCUCACGAUCUUGUCGUGUCGUCUGAGGUACCCGUACUUAUCCUAGUGGUGCAGGUAGAGAAAAUGCAAAGUUUGCACUUUCAAGACAGCUUCUAUAAGGCUGGCAUGUUAUCUCCUUGCUUUGCUUUUUGCCGUUUUAAAAUGUGUAAUUGUUACAGCAUUCCAGUGGUCUUGUGCAUAGCAGGGGAUUGUAACCAAAAAGAAAAAUGUAUUUGUGUAACUGGUUUGCAGAAGUCUUGAUAGCUCUUUAGUGUCUUACUUGGGGUUGAUGAGGUUUGAGUGUUUGCAGUUUUCUACUAGAUGUAGCUCCAAAGUCUUAAACGGCUUGUCUGUUCUCAAACCUGUUAAUUGAUGAAACUAUAUGUAAGGUUUACAUUGUAUUAACUUAUUUUUUGCUUAUUAUAUAUAGUGUUUUAUUGAAAAUCGUUUGUAACCACACACUUCAGCAUGAUGAAAGUAUAGUGUUUCCAUUUAAAUAAAUGUUCUAUCCUCCUAUAAAAUAAU